AAGUGUCUUUUCUUCGUAUAAAUACGGAGGGAAUCGCUCCCCUUCCUCCUCUUUCGAGGACACCUCACAGCGACGCCGCCUCCCGCCGACGAACUAGCCUACGGAUCCGCCCGCGCCGGCAGCGCCUUCGCCUCGUCCCCUCUCUGCUUCAGCACCAGGAGCAACCAUGGAGCACGGGUCGCUGGAGGAUUCGAGUGCAUCGACGUUCUCCAUCAUGGAGGAGGACCACACCCUCGCCAACUCCGUUAGAUUCGUUCUCAACCAGGACCCAAGGGUGGCAUUUUGUGGAUACAGCAUCCCUCAUCCUUCUGAAAACAAAGUUAACAUAAGGGUUCAGACUACAGGAGAUCCAGCCAAGGAUGUUCUGAAAGAUUCGUUGCAGGACCUGAUGGUGAUGUGCCAGCAUAUAAGGGGGACGUUUGACACUGCAGUGGCUGAUUUCCGGGGAAACAAACUCGCAGACGCCAUGGACAUUGAUUUGAACAAAAAGUAGAAGGUUCUUGAUGAUUGUUAGCCGGGUGGCAGAAAUGCACAGAUGUUUAAUGUGCAACUGAGUCAUAAACUAGUCUAGUUAUAUGGGAUGUAGUCCUUAAACCCAAAGUGUGAAAUGUCAUUGGCAUUAGGGUUCUUGGCAGUGUGACUUCAGAUUUCUUGGUCAAUAUAUGGCACUUGAUCUUGUUUGGAGAAAAAAUUAAUCAAAUGCAAUCACCAUAAUUUCUAUC